AAUCGAAUGCAGCUCAGCAUCUUCGCUUCAACUUGACGGGAUCACUUAACGAAGGGAUACAGUGCGGAGCAUGCGGCGUGGUAGGACCUCAUUAGGCAGGCGACGAUUGCGCUCAAAGGCCGAGGCCAUGAGUGUCGGCGUUGUAGGAGGCGUGAUAGGCUGGAUGUCAGCUGCGGCCGCCACGAGCUGCGCCGUGCUUUGUUCCAUCUCGGGUGCAGCCUCCGCCGCCGCCUUGACGCGUUCUGCCACGUCGCUCCAGCGUACGUGCGCAAGUGCCAGCGUGUAGCUACUCACUUUGAAGAGUUCCAUGCUCAACACACCCACCCAGAGCGCGGGGAAGCCGUAGCCCAUCGUGAUGCCGCCAACGUAGGCCACCGGCAGAUUGAUGAACCAUGUGGCGAUAGCACUAGUCCAGAAUACAGUGUGCACUUGGCUGGACACCAAAGAAAGCGAGGUUAGCGACUGACAAGAACAAAACCCCGUCCAGUAGUAGCACGUACCUCAUUCCAGUCAGAGCUCCAGCACCGAGAAUCUCCACGGCCUCGAAGGCACAAGCGACGACGAAAAUGGGCAGCACAAGCUUGCAAGUGGUUAGAAGGUCGGUAUCCGUCGUGUACAGUGCUAUAAUGUGCUGGUCCAUGAGACUGGUGACUGUCGCGAUAAACACCACGACAACCAUCGUACAAAUGAAGCCAAGACCUGUGAUACGGCGCGCCAAAUCCGGUUUGCCGGCACCUAAGUAGUUGGCGACGCGGACCUGCGUAGCACAGCCGUAACCCCAGAAAAGCGCCCAGAGCAGACCCCACAGACCCGAUAUGACAGCAUUGGCAGCAAUAACUCGAGCACCAAGUCUCGCUGCUACCAGAGCGACCAGCGCACUGGCUAAAUUCGACACGAAGCUGUUGCUGGAAAUGGGCCCAGCGACUCUGAGAUAAGAUCGCAGUCGGUUAAGCGUGAGCGCGUGGACGUUCCAGCCAUACCAGGCGCGGUGAUGAUAAUGUUUGUAAAGGAUAGCGUAGCUGAAGAGCGCGAAUGGCUGGAACCAGGAUGCCACCACUGUAGCGAUGGGAGAUCCGAUAAAGCCCAAGCCAUGCCAUGAGCCAAUGCCAUAGAUAAGAACAUAGUUACUCCCAAUAGCCACGAAAAUCGAGACCACUCCGACCACGGUAGUGGGCAGCAGAAUCCCCAUCGCUUGUAAGUAUUGCCUGUUGGAAAGUGGGUGUGAAUUAGUCAACCAAAGCUAGCAAUACUAGUAUCCAUCAUUCAAUUCAUGCGAGGUCGAACCUGAGGCAACAGUAGAGAAGAGAAGGGAGGAUUGACCCGGAGAUCACGCGCGAAAAUGUGGUGGCGAGAGCGAUAAGUUCCUGGUCAUCUGUAGAAUACUCGAGGACGUAGCCAACGCACCAGUACCAGAUCGCGACCGGAAUCGAAAGCAACGUCGUGAUCACGACUCCAAAUUGCAGCCAGAUGCCUGUGAGCUCUCGGUUUCCUGCACCCCACGACUGGCCGCACAACUGAUCAAGCCACAGUUAGUAUUACUGCAAGUAUUAACCUGAAAUAUGUAAACGAACCGUGUUGAGUGCCGAGGCGGAGGCCCAUACACAGUACAAGGCAGGACUCGUCCAUAGCUGAGCUAGCGAUGCGGCUGCUAGCUCCUUAACGCCCAGGUGACCUAGAAACACAGCGUCGAUUGACAAAAGCGCUGCUCGCGCCAAUGUGGCCAUGCUCACUUGAGCUGCCAUCGAAGAGAGGUCCACAAAGUCAUUCCAGGCUGGGGGCUCCUUAAAUCUUCCAAAAGAUUUCCCCAGGAGUGGACUCGUCUCCAUGCCGUCCAGUGAUGUAAAAUGAGGGCUGGAGAACUGGUGGCUCUAAUCUCGAUGUUGAAGUUAAAGCGCGUCUAAAGAUAGCAGAACGAAACGCCCGUUAGGACGAAGAGGUGGCGAGUGCACACAACCAGUCAUGGGCGCAGCUUUGACUUCUUAUAAUUUAUCAGAUCCGCAGCACCAACAACUGCUAGGUGAAUACGUUGACCAUUCGAGGAAGACGGUGAAUGAAUGUGCACAUAUCUUUCGAGGCUCCUUGGGUACGUACGAUGACCAGAACCACACUCCUGCUUCAUGCUUAGAUGCCCCGAAGCCAGCAUAUCCGCGGCAUAUCCAGUUGACACAGUUCGAAGAAGUAUUUGGGAUGCUGGUAGCGGAUCCGGAACCUCACUUUCGAUUCUUUCAUCAUGGGAAAAUAGUUGCUGCAGACACGAAGCCUAAAGCCGAGGCUACUGUGUGCACACAUCGCGUGUUUUGUGCGGUGGCGUUGCUUAUGAAAGCAGACCUCCACUCGAAAGUUGAUUUCAUCUUGCGGCUGUACGCGGAUAUUGCAGGAGAGCUCACAUCGGAGGCGAAGAGCUCGCUGCUAAAAGACUUUUUCACAAGUGUUGAGGUAGUUUUCCAGCUCGCUGAUUCCAUUUCGGGCAGUGUGAUAACGAGUGUAGAGAAGGCAUUCUGGAGCGACGACCCGGGGAAGUUAAUAACAAUGCGAGAGUUGUAUGACGUUUGCCUUACAAACCCUCAAAUCAGUGGAAUGCUGCACAGUGUUCACACGCUCACUGAAGCGUUUUCAACUUCGCGACGCCAGGAGAAACUACACCGACGUGAACGUAAAAUUCAUAGUCAGCAAUUGCCCGUGCAUCAAGGAGGCGAUAGCAACUCUGCACGGUUAAAAUCGAUUGCGCGUAGCAUGUCUUCAGCAGCACUUCCUCGAGCUUCGUUAUUGUGGGACUUGAAGGCUGCAGACUACGGCAGUUUUUGGCAGAAGCCCGAGCUACUCCAGAUACGGGCAAGCGAAACCUGCGCUCAUGCGCUGAAAAAAAUGGUCCGAGUGGAUACUCAACACAUUUUGGUAGUUGAAUCUUCAGACUCCACUCAGUCAGAGACGUGCCGACUGAUUGGACUUGUUUCCACCGAAAAAUUGCUCUUAUACUUUCUCCACUUUCUUGCUCCUGGUUUUCAAUCGUCCACAGCCAAACCGUACGAGCACACCCGAACUCGUGCAGAGGAGGCUAUCCGACAGUUUGGUACUGCACCACUACGUGAUGUUGUGCGCUUUCACUUCACAGAGCGAGCUCCUUUGUUGAGCAUCAUUCGCGAUGACGAAGCAUUUUUCAGUGUUUUGCUGCGUUUUGCUUGUGGUGAAAGUUCCUUGGCAGUGGCUCAGAACUACAGCUCCGACCCUGAAGCUGUGCUUGGAUGUCUGACUGUCCACGACAUGCUGGCGUGGCUCGACGAAGACUUGACACUCUUGAGUAAGACUGCAUAG